CGCGGACUACAUUUCCCAGGAGGCCUUUGGGAGCGGGCCGGGCCAGGAAAGCGUCAGGAGGAUGGUCUGGGCGAAAUAGAGUCGGGCGAAAGCAUGAAGCUGUACUGCUUGUCUGGGCAUCCGACCGUACCAUGCAACAUUCUCAAGUUCAAAUCUACCACCAUCAUGCUCGAUUGUGGGCUGGAUAUGACCUCCACUCUCCACUUCCUCCCAUUGCCUUUGGUCCAGAGUCCAAGGCUAUCGAAACUCCCAGGCUGGGUCUUAAAGGAUGGAAGCACUUUCCUUGACAAGGAGCUGAAAGAUUGUUCUGGCCGCGUCUUUGUGGAUUCCGCUCCAGAGUUCUGCUUGCCGGAGAUGCAACUGCUGGACCUCUCAACGGUGGAUGUGAUUCUGAUCUCGAACUACCACUGCAUGAUGGCGUUGCCCUACAUCACCGAACACACCGGAUUCACGGGGAUGGUGUACGCCACGGAGCCAACGGUCCAAAUUGGCAGGCUACUUAUGGAGGAGUUGGUCAACUUUAUUGAGCGGGUGCCAAAGGCGCAGUCUGCCUCGUUGUGGAAGAAUAAGGAGGUACAAAGGCUGCUUCCCACCCCUUUGAAGGAUGCUGUUGAAGUCACUACGUGGAGGAGAUGCUACAAUAUGCAGGAAGUGAACUCGGCGCUCAGUAAGAUCCAGCUGGUGGGGUAUUCCCAAAAAAUAGAGCUUUUUGGUGCCAUCCAGGUUUCUCCUCUUAGCUCCGGAUACGCUCUUGGCAGCUCCAACUGGGUCAUCCAAUCACAUUAUGAGAAAGUUUCUUACGUGUCGGGAUCCUCACUCCUUACAACACAUCUGCAGUCCAUGGACCAGGCGUCUCUGAAGAACAGCGAUGUGCUCAUCCUGACUGGACUCACCCAGAUUCCCACUGCCAACCCGGACGGAAUGGUGGGAGAAUUCUGCAGUAACCUUG